GCUUACACGUAUGUCCGCGGCAAUAAAAUGCGUCUCUCGGAUGAUAGGUGUUCAACGUCGCAUCACGGUGAUGAUGUAUUGUAAAGCCAGUGACUAAUUUGGGUGAAAUAAAUGGGAUGACAAUUCGGACGUGUUUUCUUUGAACGUGUGGAUAUGUGGAUUAUAUAAAUUCUUAUGUGUUUUGACGUGGAAUCCAUUACUUAUAGGUCUUAAAGCAGAUGCUAGCCUGCUAGUCUGAUUGCACCAGCGAUUCACUUGACAGAUACAGUCCAAACGCCGGUGAUUCAGAGACACUCACAGAGAGAUAGGAUACCUUCACUCGUCAGUCUACUGCCACCUGCACGACCGUGGUUCAGGUUUGGACAGUCAUGCGGCUCCUAGCGCCAUUCAUCACCUUUACUACUUGGGUAACGUGUUACUGUUCCGACAUCUACACAUCGACGGCUCAGAUACAGCUACUGGUGGACAGCGAGCGUGGACUAUUGACAUUUCUCAAGAACUCGUUCGAGCGGAAGGCCUCGCAUAGUGACAGAUAUCAAAGUCUUGUAGGGGAAGUGUCUCAGGAUUUGGCCACGAUGUCGACCGCACUGUCCGUGAACCACCCCCUUGACGCGUACAUCGGGAUCCGCCGGUUCGCUCGACACAGGAUCAAGUAUCUCAGUGCAGUUGAACCAAACGUCUUGCACAGCAUAUUUGCAUCCGUGGCUAAAUUCGGUGUUAUUUUCCCCGACAUACAAACUCUGCGAUAUGCACGUGCAGCUAUUAUUAGACUACAGAUGACGUACAACAUCUCGGCCUCAAGUUUGACGUCAUCUGCCUGGGGAAAUAUUACAACGGAAGACUGCAUUGCGUUCGCUGAUUGGUCGGUAUCUCAUGGUCUUCAUCAGUUGCACGCUGAUUGGCUGAGACUUGGACAGACGAUAAAUCCCAUACAAAGUGGGAAUUUGGUAGAUGGUAGCCAUGUGUCUGAAGACAGUACAGCAUGUUCGUAUCAUUCUUUUUCAGACUGUCAGCGAAAUGAAAUGAACACGCUUGAACUCAACCCGCCAGAUGAGGAAUUUGAACAGCUGUGCAGAAAAUACCAAGACCCACACCAAACGGCUAUACAGAGUUCUGUAUGUCAAUAUUCAACCACGAGGAUACCAUAUCGACGCUGGAAAACAGAAAUCUUGAGCAAAGAUCCACUGGUUGCAUUGUACUAUGAUGCUAUUUCCGAUACAGAAGCUGAACAUCUCAAACAGCUAUCAACUAGCUUGUUGGAACGAUCAGCAACAGGAAAUUCUCCAUUAUCUCACAAACAACACGAAGCCAGGACCAGUAAAGUAGCCUGGCUGUGGGACAACCACACGUCUAUUGUGGAACGUCUCAGUCGAAGGGUUUCCGAGAUCACGGGACUGCUAACCGACUUCAGAGACAACAGAACCCUUGCGGAACCCUUACAGGUACUCAACUAUGGUAUCGGCGGACAGUAUGUACCUCACUACGACUAUUUCGUGGACUCCGAACAACUCAAGUACUCAACAGGUUUUAUAAAGGAUAGCGGGGACAGAUUAGCGACAUUUAUGUUCUAUUUAGGCGACGUUGACGCAGGGGGAGCCACCGUAUUUCCUGUCUUGGGUAUCGGUGCUCAACCAAUCAAGUAUGCAGCUGUCUUUUGGUAUAACUACACGCCGGAUGGACAACCGGAUCCUCGGACGAAGCACGGAGGUUGUCCAGUUUUAUAUGGACAAAAAUGGGUGGCCAACAAGUGGAUACGUCAGAUAAGUGCAGCCAUUACCGAGUCGUGUCCGAGGAAGAAGCCAGUGCCGCCAUUGUAUAACACGUGACAUAACUGACGUCAUCUAUGAAAUACAUAAUUUUGUGACUUUUCUCGGUUCUACAACUCUAACCAUUUGAUGACAGUCACCACUUCUACAACACUGAUGUUCCUGAUCCAGUCAUCUCUGAUUCCAUUAUCGCAAAUAUCACAGGGCCAUAUCUAGCGAGCCAUAUCUAUUUGGGUACAGAUGCAGUUGCAUCUAAAUUGCCAAGGUUUCUGCUUUUAUUUAUGGCAUAGAAAUUUGUUUGCAGUAGUUAGGUGACUGAGCGAGGCAUUCCCCAGUUGCAGCCCUUUACAAUCGCUUUGAGUUCGAUGGUAUUACAUGAGUAAUUUAACACACUCCAUUAGGUACACCUAGACCGAGUUUUAUUCCAAUGAGCUAUGUCCUGUGUAAGUUUUUAUUUAGUAAACUAGUCUGGGACUGGCAGUCCUCUUUGUGGCGGUGUAAGAAGGAUGCAUUGUCCAGUAAAGGAUCUCAUCGGGAGUGACUGCCUUCUUAUGAACUAGGCACUAUAUAUAUAU